UUCUGCGACGGUAUUACUUCCAGAGCCACCACAUCUCUCUAGCGAUGAUUUAGCGACACUGAGUGGCACGAUAGAUAUUCUGCUUUCUUUAACGCAGCGUGCCUUGGCAACGCGACCUUCCUUUACGUCGCAACAUCCAAUUUCGAAGUUGACACACUUUGCCAAGUGGUGCGAUGGAUAUGGACUUCUUGGAAAGAGCCAAAUUGAGUCCGUUGCGGCUCUUGAGGCGCAGGCGACGCGUGACUUGGGAUCACAGGCAACUCAACUGGAGACAGUGAUGAUGCUGAAAUCGCUUCCAUCCGGCGAUGAGGCGGCGUUAAGAACGGUUCUUGAUAACAUAUGGAAUGAAAAGGAGGGUCAUUUUGAGCCCUACAGUGCAGAUGUGUUGUCGUCUAUUGCGGUUUUGGCUGGUGCGCAUGGCAUUUCGGACGCGUUUCGGGCGCAAGUUGCGGGAAGGCUGAUGAAGACGCAGCAAGAGCGGCUGAGUGGAAGCGGUGCUGAUCUUCCACGACGGGCGCUGAGAUUUGUGAACGCCGAACACUCGAAGGAAAAGCAGAAGUCCAUCAAGCGAAUGCUUGCCGCCGAGGAGGAUAAGAAGAGGAAGGCACAGUAG